AUGGAGAACAAGCCUAACGUCGUCGUCGAGGAUGGCUCACUCGCCACUAUUCCCGCAGCUCCGACUCGAUCCUUCAUCGGCAAAGUCAAGCGCGGCGUUGGCGCGCUCAGAACGAGAAAAGCAUGGCUGGGCGACCACAACUACACGGCCAUGUUCACUCCGACCAUCCCUUUCGUCUGCAAGCCUUCCUUGACAAGUUUGCCCUUCUACGCGGUUGAUACCAAGCUGCCAAUCUUUCUCGCUUUAGUGCUUGGCUUGCAACAUGCGCUCGCUAUGGUUGGUGGUGUAGUCACACCUCCACUCCUUAUCGGUAGUAGCAGCGGUGCCAACUUGGGCCAGAGCGAUACGCAGUUCCUCAUCGCUUCCACUUUGAUCUGGUGCGCUUUCGGUACAGCACUUCAGGUCUCUCGCACUCGUCUUUUCAACACAAAGUACUACCUUGGCACUGGUAUCGUCAGUGUUACGGGAGCCAGUUUCGCCACCAUCUCGAUCGCCCUCUCUUUCUUCGCUCAGAGCUAUGCAAACGGUUACUGCCCCAUUGGAGCGAACGGAGUCAAGCUGCCUUGCCCCAAAGCAGUGGGUGCAUUUAUGGGAACUUGCUGCCUGUGUGGUCUGAUUUCUGUCGCUAUGGCUUUCAUCCCCCCCAAGGCCAUUCGCAAGCUCUUCCCUCCUCUCAUUGUCGGCAUGAUGCUCACCCUCAUCGGAGCCUCAUUGGUCAAGUCGGGAGUGACAAACUGGGCGGGCGGAUCGGGUCCAUGCGCAACCAACCAUCUGAUCAAGUGCACCAUCGGCAAGCAGAGCCAAUAUUGGGGAUCGGCACCUCUUAUCGGACUCGGCUUUGUCUCUUUUGCCACCAUCAUUCUGUGUGAAAUCUUUGGCAGUCCCUUCCUCAAGUCUGCUUCGGUCUUUGUCGGUCUCGUCAUGGGUAUGAUCGUAGCCGCAGCCACCGGGUACUUCAACGAGACGACGAUCAAGAGGGCCCCCGCAGGCGCGUUCUUGUGGACCACCAGAUACCCUCUCAGCAUCAAGCCCGAGCUCAUCCUGCCUCUGUUGGCUGCAUACAUUGUCAUUGUCGCCGAAACCGUUGGCAACGUCACCGCUUCAUGUGAUGCUUCUCGCCUGCCCAUGGACGGUACUGAGUUCGAAUCGCGUAUCCAAGGUGGUAUGCUCGCCGACUCGAUCUCUGCGACUCUGGCCGGUGUCGCCAUGGUUCCUCCUCUUACGACUUUCUCGCAAAACUCGGGAGUGAUCUCGCUCACACGCAACGCCUCGCGCACCGCCGGUUUUGUCUGCGCCGCCAUUCUAUUCCUCAUGGGCGUCAUUGGUAAAUUCUCAUCGCUGUUCGUCGCCAUGCCUUCGAGCGUGCUUGGUGGAUUUACCACCUUCCUGUUCGGCUCCGUCGCCGUCGCCGGCAUCCGUAUCAUGGCCUAUGCCAAGUGGGAUCGAAGGGCACGCUUCAUCGCUACAGCCGGUAUGAGUUUGGGCUUGGCCAGCUUGACCCAACCUAGCUGGUUCUCGUACUUCUUCACAUACAAGGGGUCCAACGCUGGUCUCAAGGGUUUGAUCCAGGCCAUCGUGCUAAUCGUCGAAGAGCCUUACCUUAUCUCGAGCGUGCUGGCCAUCAUGCUCAACGCUAUCCUGCCGGCAGAGAUGGAGGAAGAAGCUCAUGAGACGGUUGUGGACGAUGCUGCUUCGUCCAAUACCGCAUCCGACUCCAAGAUGAACCCGGUCACAGAGCCCACGACUUCUCAACUGCCCGAUCUCGAGAACGGCGAGGAGGCUCAACGAAAGUGGAACCAGCCCGGAACCUUUUUCGGACGUCACUGA